UUUUGACAAUGCCAAUGAAAAAUUAAAGUUCUUAUUUAAAAGCAACGCGGUAGUAUAGUGUGACUUUAAGUAUAAAUGUGCGAUGUUAUGAUGAUACAAAUAAGCUAUCAAUGUACUUUUAAAAUUAAACAUUAGGUAUAAUCUUUUGAUUAUAUUCGACGAACAUCAGUUGCUCUCAGAGUUUCGUACUUCAAGUACAUUGUCUAUUGUGAGAUCAAGAUAUGAAUUCUUUCCGCUUAAUAUACUUAGUGGUGUUGCUGACUCUUUGUCAAGCAGCGACAGCACAAAAUAAAGGUAGAAGAAAGGGAUGCCAAGUUGGCGAUGUAUUUUAUAAGCAUGGUCAUGAUAAUCCUUGCAGAUUAUGUACUUGUUUCGGUGAUGAAGUGGCUUGUGCUAUUAUCGAUUGUGCACGUCCACCAGAAAAUUGUGAACCAAUUUAUGUAGAAGGACAAUGUUGCCCUGAAUAUGACUGUGGAGAAGGAUGUGAAGUUGAUGGAAUAUUAUACGAAAAUGGUGUAGUUAUUCCUAAUGAUGAUCCUUGCAGAUUUUGUACUUGUGAAAUGAAUCAAGAAAUUUGUGCAAUUCAAGACUGUGCAGCACCUCCUGAAAGAUGUGAACAAAUAUUUGUUGAAGGCCAAUGUUGUCCUGACUUUGAUUGUGACAUAGGAUGCGAAGUUGAUGGAGUUUUAUAUAAAAAUGGCGAAGAUAUUCCCGAUAACGAUCCUUGUGUAUUCUGUUCAUGUUUUGAUAAUAAUAUACAAUGUGCUGCAAUAGCAUGCGGUUUCCCUGCUGAAAAUUGUGAACCAAUUUAUAUCGAAGGUCAAUGUUGUCCUGAUUUCAAAUGCAUUGAAGAAUGUACUGUUGGCGGAGUUGUCUACCAAAAUGGAGAUUCAAUCCCUGAUGAAAAUCCAUGCAAGAAUUGUUGGUGUUCCAAUGGUGAAGAACAUUGCGUCUUUGAAUCUUGUGAACCUACGCCAGAAGGAUGCGAAGAAGUUUCAUUAGAAGGAAAAUGUUGCCCUGCAUUCGAAUGCCCACUGGAUUGUGUAAUAAAAGGAGAAUCAUUUCGAAAUGGCCAACCUAUUCCUGAUAAUGAUCCUUGCAAAGAAUGCUUUUGUGCAGAUGGUGAAGAAAUUUGUGUAGUUUAUGCUUGUCAAGGACCUUUAAGUGAAGAUUGUCAAGCUGUAUUCACUGAAGGGCGAUGUUGUCCCGAAUUCGUAUGUCCCAAUACAUGCACAAUUGAUGACGUUGUCUAUCAAAAUGAACAAUCAAUUCCUCAAAAGGACCCAUGUACAUCAUGCUUCUGUUUUGAUGGACUUGUAACUUGUUCUACAACCGCUUGUUUGGGACCUCCAAUUCAAGAAAAUUGCGAACUAAUAGUUGAUGAAGAAAAAUGUUGUCCAACAUAUGCUUGUGAAUCUGAUUGCAUUAUUGGUGGAGUAUUGUAUAAAGAUGGAGAAGACAUUAACUACGAUAAUCCUUGUAAGAUAUGUAAAUGUUCUCAAGGAAGAGAGAUUUGUGCUGCAAUUGAUUGCCCUCCACCCCCAGAAUCAUUUUGUAAACCAAUAUACCAUGAAGAUCAAUGUUGUCCUGAUUAUGAUUGCAGUCAUGGAUGCAAUUAUAAAGGGGAGUUCUAUCCAGAUGGUUUCGACGUCCCAAGUGACGAUCCUUGUGAACAUUGCGAAUGUGAUGAUGAUGAAAUUGUAUGCUAUUAUCAGGACUGUCCCGCACCUCCUGAUUAUUGUGAAGGCGUUCCAAUUCCUGGACAAUGCUGCAGAGACUACUCAGAUUGUGGUUGCCUUUUCAGAGAUGUCUUCUAUGAAAGUGGACAAGCUAUUCAUUCAAAAAAUCCUUGUGAAUUUUGUAUGUGCUAUGGAAAUGCUGUCGAAUGUGCAUACAUGUCUUGUGUGGCACCACCACAAGGAUGUGACGUUCGCCCUUUACCUGGCCAAUGUUGCGCUGAUAUUUCCAAAUUUUCUUCAAAAAACAAAAAAAGACGAGGUUGUUUCGAAAAUGGGCAUUAUUAUAGAAAUGGUGAAAUUAUUCCACGAGAUGAUCCUUGCGAAAAAUGUAUCUGCCGCAGGGGAGAAAUUCGUUGCAAAGCGAAAACUUGUUGCAAACCUCCCCCAUUUCCAGGAUGUGAAGGAAGAGUAAUUCCUGGUCAAUGCUGUCCUGACUACACACAAUGUGAACUUGACUGUUCAAGAGUUCUUUGUGAAGGCCCACCUUAUCCUGGUUGUGAAGGAGUGGAGGUUCCCGGGCAGUGUUGUCGUGAUUAUUCGAAUUGCGAAGUUUGUCCUGAAGAUGCUAUCGAUUGUAGGCUAGUAAAGUGUGCAGGGCCACCACGAGAAAAUAUCAAUUGUGAAGGCAUUUUUCGCCCUUGUAAGUGUUGUGCUGACUUUUCACACUGUUGUGCUGCUGUAUCGUGUUUGGCACCUCCCCCAGGAUGUGAACCAAGAGAAAAUCCUUUUCAAUGCUGUCCUGAUGUAUCUCAUUGUUAGGAAUAAAUUUUGAAUAAAACGAAAUCAAAAUUUUAAUUGAGAACAUAAAAACAAAA